AUGGCUUACCGAAAGAAAUUUGAAGAAUUGGCAUGGUUUGUACCAGACCACAUCGAUACUGAUGCCAAAAAGAUAAAGAAAAUUUUGAGAGGGUUAAAGCCCCAAUUGAAGGGAGCAAUCAUAGUACUGGAGUUGAGAUCAUAUAUUGAGGUACUACACAAAGCACUUAUCCUAGAGGAGAGUUUGAAGGACACCACUCAGGGUAGUACUAGCAAGGUACAAGGGAAUAGGCUCAUGGAGAUACAACACUCUAGAGAUGACAGACCCCAGAGGCAUCAGAAGACACAUCACGAGCAAACACCUCAGACUACUUGUCGGAAUUGUGGCAAGUACCAUAGUGGACCAUGCAGACAGGGAGCAGGUCAUUGCUUUAGAUGUGGAGGAAAGGACCAUUUAGCCAAAAAUUGUGCUACACCUCCAGCUCAGAAUGUGCCACAGAAUGAAAAGCAGACUACUCAGAUAGAGGGCAAAGAUAUGCCAGUAAACUUAAUUCUUCUUGACAUGGUAGACUUUGAUGUCAUACUUGGCAUGCACUGGUUAUCUACUUUUCAUGCUAGUAUACAGUGCUAUGAGAAGGAGAUAGCAUUUAGACCUAAGGAUGAUAAUGGAUUCAAGUUUAUUAGGUUGAGGACGGUUGAUUUCAAGGAUGAGGAGUACCAUUUGAAGGAUAUCCAUAUCGUCAGAGACUUCCCAGAUGUGUUCCUUGAUGACCUUGUUGGGUUACCACCCGAUAGGGAAUUGGAGUUUGCCAUUGAUCUAGCACUUGGUACGACGCCAAUCUCUAAGUUAAAGAUCAAAGGAGAAGACAUACCAAAGACUGCAUUCAGAACUCGUUAUGGCCACUAUAAGUUUGUCGUUAUGCCAUUUGGGUUGACUAACGCACCAGCUGCAUUUAUGGAUUUGAUGAAUAGGGUAUUUCAUGACUUCUUGGAUAAAUUUGUUAUUGUAUUUAUAGAUGAUAUCUUAAUAUAUUUCAAGAAUAAAGAAGAUCAUGAGGAACAUUUAAGGGUUGUACUACAAAGACUCAGAGAAAAGCAAUUAUAUGCCAAGUUGAGCAAGUGUGCUUUUUGGCUCGACCAAGUCGUAUUUCUGGGUCAUGUUAUAUAA